GACUGCCACAACACUCGUAAAGAAUCUGCGACAGAGAUUUUCUCCGACCAAUCCAUGUCGGAAAACAUGGUGAAUCUACCGGAUUCUUUGUACGAGGACUACAGUAAACUCAAGUUGACUUCACCCUCCAACGCUUCUUCAUCCUCCUCAGCUCCUCCGCCCAGGCUCAGCGUCGUAGCUCAUCCAACGGUAGAGAUGAUUAUCCAGUGGGUCUGUGAUAUUCAUAAACCGAAGUCAUACAUGUCUGAUUUUGCGCUGCAUAAUCUCGCCUAUCAUAGGAACGACUUUGAGUUCUUGCCGAGUCUGUUAUGGGAAUCUAAAAAUACUGUGUACAUCAUGUUGCAGGAGGUUUUUGAAGCCUACAGACACCUCGCAGGACACAUCUCACUUCGAUUGUUCCCUCAUCCGUUGAAUCCACUUCGAGUGUACAAUGUUUUUCUUUUGUUCCAGAGCAUGGCUUGUCACCCAGACACAAGCCGUCAGUUUCUUAGGGCUAAGAUGCCAAAUUAUUUCUAUCCUCUGAUGGACACUGGUCUCAUUGAUAAAAGUGACGAAUGCAUGAGGCUUGCUGCGUUGGGUGUCAUUGCUCAUAUGUUGAAGGCGUCUGAAGAUGGAGCUGUUAAUCGUUACCUAAUGGAAAGUGGUGUUGUUGGUUUCUGCGUUAAACCCAUUGAGUUUGGCUCUACAGAAACAAAAAAAGUUGCUUUAUACAUACUCGACAAGAUUAUGUCGACGGAUCAGGGGCUUUAUUACUGCUGCGUCUUGGCUGAUCGGUUUUACGUUAUCGAUGAGCUCCUUAAGAAGGUGCUCUUCUAUCUUUCUAACAUGGUCAGACCUCCUUCAUCCUUGUUCAGCCUUGUUACUGGUUGCUACGUCAAGCUCUCCCAGAACUCCAGGGCUCGUAACGGAAUAAGGCGAUACACGCCUUUCUUGCUGUUUGACGGCACCUUUUCCAGAUUAUAUGCUGAGGAUCCAGUGGCUGCUAACAAUCGAAUUCAGCUGCUUCAGAAUCUGGACAACUAAAGCAAUGAAGUACUCGAGACACUGUUUUCAAUGAGGCAAUGAAAACAGAACAGCCCCCACAGAGUACGGGUUUAGUACGCCUACGCGUAAACGCUAAGUAAUAAUUUACUAAAGACAUAAAAACUCUAUGAAAAGUCUUAUGUUGUUGUUUGGUUUAAUAUCUUUUGGAUGACUCUCGUUACUCUUUCAACAUUGUUUUCUCUCUUUUGGAAUACAUUUCAAUGCACUUUGCCAUUUUCUAUCUAUCUUUUUCAACUGGUU